GCAGUGAGGGGGUUAGCUUUCAUUGUCUCUGUCUUUUGUUUUUCUUCUCCUGGCCCCUCCUGCUUCUUUUGACUAUAGACAGGCACAUGGCGUUAAAAAUAAUACCCUACAUAGCUGUGCUAUUUCAUGUUUUUACGUAAUCCCUGUCACCGAAAACCAGGUACUUAUAGUCCAGCAGGGCGAAGGAGAUGAAAGAAGUAAGAAGUGACAGAAGUGCUGGACGACCGAGAUACCCUGCCUCUGUGCUUCUUGCGUGACUUGUGGAAUUAAGCUGUGUGCUGUUAACGCUCUGAGGACAUUUUAAGCAAAACUUUACAAAAGAAAAAGACUGAAGAGAAUCACUUUUACAACAGGUGUAUGGUCAGUCAGGCAGCCAUGAGGAGCCAGCGUGUGGUGGAGAGCGAGUGUCGGUGCUGGAACCCGGCCGUCUGGCUCCUGGUGUCUCUGCUGGGAACCCUGAUCUUGGUGGUCAUCGGUGUGCUGCUACGAUUCGGAGACGUGAAGAUAAACAAACGAGCUUCAUACAAUUAUGACGAGCAAACCUCAACUGGUACGCAAUAUCAAGUACGACUGGUGAACGGAGACAGCAGGUGUCAGGGAAGACUGGAGGUGCUUUACAAUGGCCAGUGGGGCACAGUAUGUGACGAUGAGUGGGACAUUGUGAAUGCUAAAGUGGUAUGUCAGCAGCUGCACUGCGGAAUGGCAGUGCAUGGUAAGAGUUUCGGACAAGGCAAAGGCUCCAUCCUGUUGGAUAACGUGAAAUGCAACGGGAAUGAAAUGGCCCUCAGUGAGUGCAGAAAUAUUGGCUGGGGCAACCACAACUGUUACCACUUUGAGGAUGUGAGCGUUACCUGCAAAGAACCAAAGAAUAUGGCUGGAAGAGGCUUUGGCAAUUACACUUCCCCGACGUCUCAGAGCUCUUUACGUGAUGGCAGCAUCAGACUGGUGGAUGGAAAACAUGCCUGCGAGGGCCGAGUAGAAAUCUACUACCGUAGAAAAUGGGGAACAGUGUGUGACGAUAUUUGGAGCCUCCAAAAUGCCAUGGUGGUUUGCAAACAGCUGGGAUGCGGCGAUGCCAUCUCUGCACACACCAACGCCUACUUUAAACGAGGGACCGGCCCGAUAUACCUGGACAAUGUUGAUUGCAAGGGAAAUGAGUGGGAGCUGAGCACAUGCGACAGCGGAGGCUGGGAGGUUCACAACUGUGGCCAUCACGAGGACGCUGGAGUCACCUGCCAUGGCUUCAGCACUCCGGAGGAUCCUGUUUCCACUGAAUACCAGACAUAUACAGAAACAUAUACCACUGAAGCAACAGAAAGUACUUCAAUUACCACGUCACCAACCACAAAGUCUGUAACCAGAACCACCAAAUCAGCUUCACCACCUGUUCGUUUAAUGAACGGAGACCAUCGCUGUAUGGGUCGUGUAGAGGUCCAAUACAAAAAUGAGUGGAGGACAGUGUGCGAUGAUAACUGGAAUAUACUCAACGCCAAGGUCGUGUGUAGACAGCUUGGCUGUGGAAAAGCUAUAGCAGCCAUGCCCGGUCCAGUCUUUGGCCAAGGUACUGGACAAAUCUUGAUGGACAAUGUGGAUUGCAGGGGCAAUGAAAGGGCGAUAACGGACUGCGACUUCCCAGGGUGGGGUCUACACAACUGUGGACAUCCUGAGGAUGCUGGUGUUAUCUGUGAAGAGAGUGAAAGCACAACUCCUAUAUCACCCAUCACGGCUACUUUUGGCAAGAUUGAGGUCAUAACCUAUGGCCAACCUAUGGGGAGGUCAACUGGUGAAGGAAUGCUGAGACUGGUGGGUGGCCGGGGCCGAUGUGAGGGUCGGGUGGAGAUGUACCUGAAUUUUGCGUGGGGAACGGUGUGCGAUGAUGCGUGGGACCAGCGUGACGCUCAGGUGGUGUGUCGCCAGAUGGGCUGUGGCGAAGUCUUAGAGGUCUGGAACGAGGCUUUCUUUGGUCAAGGGACAGGAGCAAUCCUGCUGGACAAUCUGAAGUGCAUAGGCACAGAGGAGUCUCUGCUGCAGUGCUCUCAUAUCGGAAGGGAUGUGCACAACUGUGACCACAGUGAAGAUGCUGGAGUCACCUGCUCACUGUUAUGAUUUCAGUUUAACCACCAUGGGUAGGAGGUUGUUGUAUCAACUUAUAGGACUUGUGUGCAUAAUGUAAAUAACAGCUUUCAACCUGGUGUAGGAAUACUCCUCCUCCACCACCACCACCACCACCACCAUGAUUACAUAUUAUGACUAUCUAUGCCUAUUAAGCACUUUAUAAAUAAAUAUAUGACAUAAAAUACAAUGUACACCAUUUGUAUUUGAUAACCUGAGAAAAGCAAACCUUUAAAAGCCUGAAUGUCUUUCUUCUCCCAUUAUUUUUACAUUUUCUACUUCAGACCCCAAAUUCAUAACAAAUACAACAAAUAUAUAUAUAUAUAUGGGGAAGAAUGCAAUAAAAUAAAACAUUGUUUAGUCACUGUCUGCAUGUAAUUGUUCAGCGCCUGUGCCAGCAAUGCAGUGACGGGUAGAGUGAUACUCCUACAUGUCACUGGGUGGCAGUCGGGAGCAAAUUGUCACCAGUUCGAAUCCCAGUUCAACUGAGGCCACUUCUGUUAGGACUUUGCUUUCAAAACAAAUGGCAGCUGGGAUUGGCUCCAGCCACCUGCGACCCUCAUGUGGAUGAUAUAGUGGUAGACAAUGAGUGUGAGUACGUGCAAACAGUUAAGCAUACUGGUGUAAACAGUAGUGGAAACACUUGAAACAGUCACUACAUAAAUAGGAGACUGGGGAUGGAAUGGCCCAGCACUCAUAGCUUGUGCUUCAGAAUCAUCCUGAACGCACGCCAUCUCUGGAGCAGAGCUAGUUUUGUCUUAAAUCGAUUUCUUCUGGCCCGCCGAUCAAUUAUCAUUAUAAUUAGCUAUUUCAGUCUGCUUUUGUUAUUUAUCGAUUCAUUUUGUCACAUGUUUUUAUUGUAAACUAAAAUGUAGUUCCAAAUAAAAAAAACCAAACACA